AUGAUUAAACUCCAAGACAACCAGCUGGCUAGCAUUCAGUUUGUGCAAAGUUCAUAUGAUGAGCAGUUACACACAAUACAGGAAACUCGCAGAGAAAUAAAUGCAGCCUUAGACACAAUUGAACAGAAGACACUGAAGGAAAUGAAAGAUACCUUAACCAAACUGCAAGCCUCCUCGAAAAGUGAUGUUGACAAAUGCAUCCGGCUAAGGGAUGAAUUAAAUCAACUUCGUAACGCCAUACAGGACAUAAGUGAUAAAAGCGGACUCGAAAUAUCCGUCAUAGCCAAAAGGAAAUGCGAGGAUAAAAUAGAACAGUCAAAAACUUUUUUGAAGAACGCUCUUGAGGUUAAAAAUUCAAUAACAUUCAAGCCUAAUGGUGACAUUGUACAGUACUUGUCCAAACUGUCAGGUCUCGGGAAGAUAGAACACAGAUCCGAUACAUUUAUGUUACAAGAUCAUCCAAACAAGGUGUUCUCUGUGCAGGGGAAGUCUGUACAAAAUGUGAAAAUAUCGAGUGAUUCAGAGGAAUGCUGUAUUACAGCCGUCAUAGUUCUCCCAGACGGACAGGUCCUAGUAGCAGACAUGGGUAAUAACAAAAUCAAGCUUCUUGACCAACAGUACCAGGUGGUGAGUCAAUGUAGUGUGACUGACUUACCAUUUGAUAUGUGUCAAAUCACACACAGUGAGGUGGCUGUGACUAAUGAUAAUCUACUUUUCAAACAUGAGGUCCAGUUCAUCACGGUCAAGAACAGGCAGCUGGUGACAGGAAGAAAGCUUCAGUUACAACAUACAUGUAUGUCUAUUGCCUUCCACCAGGGAGACCUGUUUAUUCCUAAUAUGACGGCACUAUACAAGUAUACACUGAGUGGCAAACUUGUCAGCAAGAUGUAUGAGGAUACAUCAGGCUCUUGGACGGUAUGGAAGUGUGCUGUGAGUCCCACAGGGGACAAGUUGUACAUCACUAACAACUCCCAGCACAAGCUUAUCACCCUGGCCAGGAAUGGUUCUGUCCUUGCCACCUUCACUGACCCUGCACUACAAGGCCCACGUGGUGUAUACGUGACACCUGCAGGCCAAGUGUUGGUCUGUGGAUUUUUGUGCGAUGUUAUCUUACAAGUGGAUAGUGAAGGCAGAAGGAAGCUGGCCACUCUUGCUACAAAGGAGGAUGGGGUGGAGUGCCCAAAAUCAGUCUGCUACGACAGACACACUGCCUCUAUCAUUGUGGGAAUUAAUAACAGAAUCCUGGUGUUCAAAGUGCAAUAG